AUGUUUGGUCGUGCCUGUGGCAGGAGCGCGGAUCAGCUGGCCGCUGUCAGUGUCGCUAUUCUCCCCGCUUACCUCAACCCGCACAGUCCUUGUCAAACCAGUAGCUACGUAAAGUUGCACCAGCGGCACCCGUCGUUCGGGGCCGCGUGCUGCCUGCUCAAGCGCUGGCUGUGCUGCCAGCUGCUGGCGCCGCCGCACUUCCCCGCCGCGUGCGCCGAGCUGCUGGCCGCGGCCGCGUACGCCGCCCCCGCCCCCGCCCCGCGCCCCACCCGCCCCGCCCGCGCCCUGCACGCGGCGUGGCGGCUGCUGGCCGACACCGACUGGGCCAACGACGCCCUCGUGCUGGACUUCCACGGCGACAUGAAGCGUGAAGACAUAACCGCAAUAGAGAGCGAGUACAGCUCCCGCGCAGACCGGUCCCCGCGCCUGCACAUAGUGACGUCACUCGACGGCCCCGCCCCCGGCGCCCGCUACCCCUCCCCCUCGCCCCUCGUCCUCGCGCGCGCCGUCUCGCUCGCACGCAGCGCUCUACACUACGGCGCGUUCGUACCAUCUUACGAAGGGUACGAUGUCCUGAUCCACCUGCACAAGAACCUCGUCCCGUACGCCCACGAGCGGGUCGACGCCACUCCACUGCUGAGGACCCUCGCUGACCCGGACGAGGCCGAAGUUAUACCGGUCGUCGCAUACGAUGAGUUCGCUCUGUUCUUCCACGACAGUUAUGGUGGUGACGUCAUCGCGGUGCUGUGGAAACCUGACAUCCAUAACUUGAGGGAGUUUCAGUUAACGAACGCUAACGCUCUAAUGCCGGUCAACGUCGACGGUGAAACGAAAUACAAAGUGAACAUCGACGCGCUCGUGGAGGACUUCAGGAUACUCGGCGAGGGGCUCGUGGACCACGUGACCCACAAAUAG